CCCCCCCCAGUAGGCGGGGCCGCGCUCUCCCCGCAGCCGCCGCCGCAGCCGCCGCCGCCGCCUGGGCCUCCCCGUGUCCCCGGUGGAUCCUCCGCCGCCGCCGCCGGGAGCUCGAUGCGGACGGAGCCCGAGCCGGGCCAUGGGGAUCCUCAGCAUCACGGACCAGCCGCCCCUGGUCCAGGCCAUCUUCAGCCGCGAUGUGGAGGAGGUGCGCUCCCUGCUCUCGCAGAAGGAGAACAUCAACGUGCUGGACCAAGAGAGGCGAACCCCACUGCAUGCUGCUGCCUACGUAGGCGAUGUCCCCAUCCUCCAGUUGCUACUGAUGUCAGGUGCUAACGUCAACGCUAAGGACACACUGUGGCUGACCCCUCUUCAUCGUGCUGCUGCCUCCCGAAAUGAGAAGGUGCUGGGGCUGCUGCUGGCACAUUCAGCAGAUGUGAAUGCCCGGGACAAGCUGUGGCAGACACCACUGCAUGUGGCUGCCGCCAACCGCGCCACCAAGUGUGCUGAGGCGCUGGCACCCUUGUUGAGCAGCCUCAACGUGGCCGACCGGAGCGGGCGCAGUGCCCUGCACCAUGCAGUGCACAGUGGGCAUCUAGAGACGGUGAACCUGCUCCUCAACAAGGGGGCGAGCCUGAAUGUCUGUGACAAAAAGGAGCGGCAGCCUCCGCACUGGGCGGCUUUCCUAGGGCAUUUGGAUGUCCUGAAACUGCUGGUGGCCCGGGGAGCAGACCUGGGCUGCAAGGACCGCAAGGGCUACGGGCUGCUCCACACCGCGGCCGCCAGCGGCCAGAUCGAGGUGGUGAAGUACCUGCUCCGGGCAGGGGCGGAGAUCGAUGAGCCCAAUGCUUUUGGAAACACAGCUUUGCACAUUGCCUGCUACCUGGGCCAGGAUGCCGUGGCUAUUGAGCUGGUGAACGCAGGAGCCAAUGUCAACCAGCCCAACGACAAGGGCUUCACGCCGCUGCACGUGGCCGCCGUCUCCACCAACGGCGCGCUCUGCUUGGAGCUUCUGGUCAACAACGGGGCCGAUGUCAACUACCAGAGCAAAGAAGGCAAAAGUCCUCUGCACAUGGCUGCCAUCCACGGCCGUUUCACCCGCUCCCAGAUCCUCAUCCAGAAUGGCAGCGAGAUUGAUUGUGCCGACAGAUUUGGGAACACGCCACUGCACGUGGCCGCUCGCUACGGACACGAGCUGCUCAUCAGCACCCUCAUGACCAAUGGCGCGGACACCGCCCGGCGCGGCAUCCAUGACAUGUUCCCCCUGCACUUAGCUGUCCUCUUUGGAUUCUCUGACUGUUGUCGUAAGCUUCUUUCCUCAGGUCAGCUGUACAGCAUUGUAUCUUCACUCAGCAAUGAGCACGUGCUUUCAGCUGGAUUUGACAUCAACACGCCUGACAACCUGGGCCGCACCUGUCUUCAUGCUGCUGCUUCCGGAGGGAAUGUGGAAUGUCUUAAUUUGCUGUUGAGCAGUGGAGCUGACCUGAGGAGGAGAGACAAAUUUGGAAGGACCCCGCUGCACUACGCAGCCGCCAACGGCAGCUACCAGUGCGCCGUCACGCUGGUGACCGCCGGGGCGGGCGUCAACGAGGCUGACUGCAAAGGCUGCUCCCCCCUCCACUACGCUGCCGCCUCCGACACCUACAGGAGAGCAGAGCCCCACUCCCCUGCCAGCCACGAUGCGGACGAGGACGAGCCGCUGCAGGAGUCCCGCAGGAAGGAGGCCUUCUUCUGUCUGGAGUUCUUACUGGAUAACGGUGCAGACCCCUCCGUGCGGGACAGGCAGGGCUACACAGCUGUGCACUAUGCAGCCGCCUAUGGCAACAGACAGAACCUCGAACUGCUCUUAGAAAUGUCCUUUAACUGCCUGGAGGAUGUGGAGAGCACCAUUCCAGUCAGCCCUUUGCACUUAGCUGCCUACAAUGGUCACUGUGAAGCCCUGAAGACACUGGCCGAGACGCUGGUGAACCUGGAUGUAAGGGACCACAAGGGCCGGACCGCGCUCUUCCUGGCUACUGAGCGAGGCUCCACCCAGUGUGUGGAGGUGCUUACGGCCCACGGCGCCUCCGCCCUCGUCAAGGAGCGCAAGCGCAAGUGGACGCCCCUGCACGCUGCUGCUGCCUCUGGUCACACUGACUCCCUGCACUUGCUGAUCGACAGUGGGGAACGAGCUGACAUCACAGAUGUCAUGGAUGCCUAUGGACAAACCCCACUGAUGCUGGCCACCAUGAACGGCCACGUGGACUGUGUACAUCUGCUGCUAGAGAAAGGAUCCACAGCUGAUGCUGCUGACCUCCGGGGCUGCACCGCCCUCCACCGCGGGGCAGUGACCGGCUGUGAGGACUGCCUGGCUGCCCUGCUGGACCACGACGCGUUUGUGCUGUGCCGAGACUUCAAGGGCCGCACCCCCAUCCACCUGGCCUCCGCCUGCGGCCACACCGCCGUCCUGCGGACCCUGCUGCAGGCUGCCCUCUCCACUGACCCCCUGGAUGCCGGAGUGGAUUACAGCGGAUACUCGCCCAUGCACUGGGCUUCUUACACUGGACAUGAAGAUUGUCUGGAGUUGUUACUUGAACACAGCCCGUUUUCAUACCUGGAAGGGAACCCCUUCACUCCUUUGCACUGUGCAGUAAUUAAUAACCAGGACAGCACCACAGAGAUGCUGCUGGGAGCUCUGGGUGCCAAGAUUGUGAACAGCCGAGAUGCCAAAGGACGGACCCCCCUUCACGCCGCUGCCUUCGCGGACAACGUCUCCGGGCUGCGGAUGCUGCUGCAGCACGAGGCCGAGGUGGACGCCACGGACCACACGGGCCGCACUGCGCUCAUGACGGCGGCGGAGAGCGGGCAGACUGCUGCUGUGGAAUUUCUGCUGUAUCGAGGGAAGGCAGACCUGACUGUGCUGGAUGAGAACAAGAACACUGCGCUCCACUUGGCUUGUAGCAAGGGCCACGAGAAGUGUGCCCUCAUGAUCCUGGCAGAAACCCAAGACCUUGGCCUUAUCAAUGCUACCAACAGUGCGCUGCAGAUGCCACUCCACAUCGCUGCCCGGAACGGUCUCGCUUCUGUGGUGCAGGCCCUGCUGAGUCGUGGGGCCACAGUGCUGGCUGUGGAUGAAGAAGGUCACACCCCAGCACUGGCCUGUGCCCCCAACAAAGACGUGGCGGACUGCCUGGCCUUGAUCCUCUCCACCAUGAAGCCUUUCCCACCCAAGGACGCCGUCAGUCCGUUCAGCUUCGGCCUGCUCAAGAACUGCAGCAUCGCCGCUGCCAAGACGGUGGGUGGCUGCGGGGCCCUGCCCCGCGGGGCCUCCUGCCCCUACAGCCAGGAGCGGCACGGCGCCAUCGGGCUUGAUGGCUGCUACUCCGAGUAGCCCCUUCCAGUGUCCCUCCCCUGCCGGUGGCUUGAUAUCUUAUUCUAUUUAUUUAGAAAAGUCUAUACAUUUAGGGCACUUUAAAGGAGAACACGACUGGGGUGGGGUUGGAGCGGGGAGAAAAGCACUGGGGAGCAGCUGCUCACCCCUUUGCCAUUCCAUCCUGGCCUGGCAGGGGUCUGGGACCGACAGGGAGCACCCCAGGCCCUUGGUACCCCCAGGGCAGCCCCUUCUGCCAAGUGUCCCAAAAUGAUUGCUAAAUGCCUGGCUCCCCCUCUCUUACCCCAUCUCUCAGUUCCCUCUUUCUGCUGCCAGCGACCCCGACUCUCCCCUCGGACUCCCCUCUGUGUCCCCCGCCCCUCCUGCCAGGCACAUCCCUCCUCCUCUUCCAUACCCAUCACUGCCUCCCUGCUCGGCCGGCUCCUCCAUCCCCGCAGCAGUGAGAAGCCUUAAUUUCUGGUACUGUGUGAGCACUCUGGGGGCACCCCCUCCCCCUUUAGGGGCAGCUAGUGGACAAGGGGGGAGGAUAUUUAGCACUGGGGCCUGGAGCUUUCCCCCGUUUCUGUAUCCCGCCCCCCUAAAGUUCAAAUGCAAAACACUUGAAGCAGCAACUACUGUACCUGGGCCCCAAUCCUGCACUCUUCCCCUGGCCGCCUCAUAUGCAAAUCAAGGGCUGGUUCUGCCCCCACAGCCUACUCCCCUCUGCUCCCUCCCCGCUGGCCUGGCCCCCACCACGCACUUUAACCUGCUCCUUUAACUUCUUUCGGGAGGCCGGAGCCUCUGGUCAUUCCCUCCCUGGCUCUCCUCUCUUAACUCUGAGGCUUGUCAUGAGUUUUUAAGUAAGCAUUUUAUCCUUUAGGGGAAGAAACAAAUAAUUUCCUGCCCAUUUCAAAACCACAGCCCUGUUGUGUCCUACGUGUUUCAGGCAUGUGUAUGCAUGUGUGGAGGGAGGGACUGUCUCUUCCUCCUGUGCCCCGGCCCUCUAGUUCCCCUGCUCCCUGUCUGCUGCCACCUCCCAUUAUGUCCAAGAGCGCCCACGGCCCCGUCACUCCUGAUCUGAAGCCAAAGAUGGUGGGAGGGGCAGGGCGGGCGAGGGACCGUGGCUCCUCGGGACCGGCUCCCCUCCCAGGAGGACGGAGCUCUGGGCUGAGGAGCAGCAGAGCCUGAGGCAUCAGGGAGAGGGGUUUGAGCAAGGGGCUGCACUGAGAAAGAGUCCUCUAAGUUGCACCCUAAAAGCCAAACUGGGCUGCAGUGAGGGGGCAGUUUCUUCUUUAAUGUAGCAUUGAAUUUGGCCCUGGUCCCUUCAGAAGCCCUGUCCACCAUCUCCUAGCUCAGCCUCCUGGACAGCUGGACCCUCCCCCAGCCCGGUGUUCCCUUCCUCACACUCAAUACCUCAGCCAGGGGCCAAGACACAGAACUUGAAUAGAGGUCAUGCCCCCUCCGCGCCCACAGUGCGUCCUCGCCCGGUUUGGCUCCAUCAGUAUUGUCCCCUGAGAACUGGAUGGGCUUCGUUUACACAGCGGAGGGGCUCCCCGCCCGGGGCCCCUCAUUCUCCUGCCCCUCUCCCAUGCUUGCUUUAUUCACCAUCGCUCCUGAUUUCCAGACGUGGCCCCUGCGAGUCUUGCUACCCUUGCCAAGGGUGGGCUGAGGGGAGAGGGGGCAUCCCAGGGCCCCUCCCUCCCUCACAGAUACCCUUAACCAUACCUCAUGCCGGUUCCCUGAUGCCUGGGGUGUUUGUCCAAGUCCUCAUUCUUCUGUCCCUUGUCCCUUUCUGUCCUCUAUCUUGCUUCCCCCACCCCUUAGUUCCUAAACCAUUUCAAAGCUUCCAGUGACCAUUGUUGGUGAGAAGGAUUGUGCAGCUUUUAGUUUUUAUUUUUGUUUUCAAAGCCAAAGGGCCUUGCGACGCCCCUCUUGCCCGCCCCCCUUACGCCCCGCCCUCCCCUAUACGACAAUCAAUGUGACCUCUCUUAAGGGCUGCAGUGCCCCCCGCUGGAUCUGCAGAGCUUGCCCCCGGCUAAUUCUCUCCUGAACCUUCCCCCUCCAUCCCUCCCUCAUUUUGGUGCUGGGAACGAGGCGGAGGGGCGGGGAGCCUCGGGGUGUCAGUCGUGUUCUCCUUUGGGGACGGUCGGUCGGUCGGUCGGUCGGUGAUGAGAGUGCUUGUCAGGAGCCCGCGGCUUUUGGUGAGGUUCUGGCGGCUGCUCCCGCUGCCCGCGGCACCGUCAGCGGUGCUGGGCCCGCGGCGGCCUGUCCCCCGCGAGGCGCGAGGCGGAGGACACGCAGCCCCUCUCCAAGCCAGAGGGCCGCCCAGUUCUCAGUCCCUUGUGUUUUUGAAGCCUUUUGACCAUGCUCAUGGCCACUGCAUAUUUAUUUUAAUGUUAAGAUUUUUUUAACCUCUGACUUAAACGGGUGUGGAGACGGGAAAAGCAGGCAGAAUGCCCCGGUCUUGAGGGGGUGGGGGGGGAAGAAACCUUCCCGGCGCCUGCCCCCCCCUCCCCACCGCAGCUCUAAAGCACUUGCUUCAAGUAAUAAGCACUUUGAGAAAAGGCCUGUUUUGAGUGAGGAUCCUGGGAGCAGCCCCAGGUCCCAGCAAAGGAGACAGAGCGAGGGCUAUACAGGAGACAGGGAAACAGACGUGUGAAUCCGAGGGCGAGAUGAAGAGCCAGUUUUUAGUUUCCGGUUUUGGGGGGAUAUGUGUCUGAUGGGGCGGUGGCUUCGGUGGGGUGUGUACUAACCUUCGGAAAAACACGGCACAAACUGUGGGUCCCAGGAUGGACCGACAGACCCAGGUCACUGCCACUGUCCAGCUGAGACUGACGGGCCACUCCCCGCCCCUGGCCGGAGCCAUAGGACUGCUGAAAACCACUGAAUGUACAGCCGCGCUGGGUGGGGGGGCCGGGGAGGGGCUUCUCCUUGUGUUUGGUGCUGUGGGGGGUGGGAGAGAGGAGACUGAGGGACUGCCACCCCACUUAGACGUGUUCCUCGGGGUGGAGGGCUGAGGGCCUGGCUCCCUCUCAGCCCCGGCCAGGCCCCUCUUCCUUCCUCAUCCCUAUCCGUUUUGACUGUAAGUCCAGCUCACCUUUGCCUUCAAUAUGUAACCAAAGGAAAACUCAAUACUGUUUCCACCGCUGUCUGCCCACCGAGCGCCUCUUCCUCCGAGACCCAGAGGGGAGAAGAGGCUGGGGGCACCGGAGCGUGGGGCCAGAGCGAACGGUUCUGCCGCUGAACCCCCAAACCUCUGGGGUCUCAGAGGGGCCCUGAGGCGGGGCGGAGCCAGGCUGGAGGGCUGGGAGCAGGCCCACUGUGGAUCUCGUGCACAUGCGUGUUUUUUCGUUCGAAUGACUCCAGUGACUGUGCUCCAGCAGGGAGGCCCCUUCCUCCUUCCCUCUCCACCAUUCCUCCCCUCUCCCCACGCCCAGUGCUCAUCCCCUCCUCACCCCCCUUCCCACCGCAAAGGAAAAUAGCCUUACAGACCCUAGCCCAGAACCCCCGGGGCCACCCCCGUGGAGCCCCGUCCUGCCGAGUUUGAACCCUACCUUGUAAGAAGGAGGGAGAAGGAGCAAAGCAGCCCUUCCCCCGAUCAUGUGGCUCCGUCCCCGCACUGGCCCCGGCGGGCCAGGCCGAGGUGAGGAGUCUUUGAGGACCAAGCCCAGUGGUCUGGGAAGAGGGAGGUAGAGAAGGAAGGGUCUGUCUUGAGGACUCCCUCCUCCCAACCCAACCCCUAGAGAAGCGACCAAAUCCCAGAGAUGGGAGGAAGCUGGGUGGGGAGGGUCUGCUCUAUGAAUUACUUGAAGGUACUGACUCUGAGGCUGCUGUUGCCCACGUAGGUGUGAGGGGGACGUGUCACUGCACCGGGAGGCGGCGGGCGAGAGGAUCCACCCCUGGCCGUCUCGCUCCUGCGAGGCCCCUCCCCCGGGAGCCGGCUUCGCCCCCAGGGACGCUGGGGGAGCCUUCCCUCCAUGUCCAUCCCUCACUGUGGGCGCCCUCUCCAAUUGCACUAAAGUAGCUGUUGUGCCAGUCUUACCCCCACAGCAGGUGGGGUCUCUGCUUCCAGUCCUUUCUCCCCCACAGCCUCUGCUCCCUCCCGGACAAUCUCCUGUUCCCUGUUUCCCGGGUAGCUCAGCUUUGUGUGUGUGCGUUCGGGGUGGGGUGGGUUCCGGCUGGGGGGCUUGGUCGGGGUUGGGAAGGGCUAGGGGAGAGAUGGAGGAUGAAGUCUCCCAUCCCCUUCCUCAACCCCAAGCCACAGAGGCCUGGGAGGGAGGGUGCCUACUCUCGCUGCUGUGUGUCUUGCAGAUGUGCCAAAACGGGGUUGGGUGGGGGGGAGGGUGCCUGGCAGAGUGGCCCCCAGGGUGGCUCUCUCAAAGCAAUACAGUUCCUCCUGCCUGGGGGACGGCAAGACAGGGGAGAGGGUUGGGUGGGGACCUGGGGGUUCCCUGUGUACAGCUGUGUAUAUUCAGGGUGUUCUCUGUCUGGUACUCGCUGCGGACGUCACGUGUGUGUGACCCCCCCCCCCCCGUGCCCUGCAUGACCUGUGAUGCUGCAGACACCACCAUCCUGUGUGCAAGGGUGCGCGGGGCGCCGAGGCCGUGUCCCGUGUCCUCGGUGCCCUCCACCCUGUGACCCAUGUACUCGGUUGUAGGAAGUAAAGAGAACUGAGCACAAUUCACUGGGUUCUAGUUGAAUCUUUCUCUAAGCAAUGCUCCCCUUCCUGCCCGCUCCCUGCCUUGGAUCCACCUGUGGUGCUAGCGUUGGGGUCGGGGGUGUUUGAUGCUGGUGGUCAGCAAUAAAGGGCAGGUGUGCCCGGAUGCCUGUAUCCCCAGGGUGCUGAGGGCAGCAGGAAAAAGGGGGGACCUCAGUGCACUGCCCCAUCCCUUCCCCUCCUCCCUGGGCUAAAGCACAACGCUGUCCCCACAGAUUGAUGCACCCUGCGUCCCCUAGGUCCAGCUCGUGUCCUCCCCCCAACCUGCUUUGAGCCCUCUCCCACCACAUCCUGGUUUUCUAUGCUGUUUUGGUGCAAGUACAACUGUCGUAGUCAUGGCUUUAGGAUGGGUUCUGUUUAUUAAAAUCCUAUUGCUCCUA